AGGGGCGGGCGGGGAGAGGCUGGCAGGGCAGGAGCCGGGCGGGGUGCUGGCUCCAACUGGAAAGGAACCGGUCCCAGCCCAGCCGGGAAGGCUGUGGGAGAGCCGGCAGCGCUCGGGGAAAACACACACGGGCUCCGGUCCCGGUCCCGGUCCCAGCAGCCGCCGCCCGCCAUGGGCACGGCGCCUCGCGGUGGGUCUGUGAAGACGGGGAAGAUGCCAGAAGGGGAGAAAACGAGGCAGUGUAAGCAAGAAGAGGAGCACCGGCAGAAAGAAGAGGAGCGGGAGGGUCUCAUCGAGUUCUACGGUUCCUACCAGGAGCUGUUCCAGUUCUUCUGCAGCAACACGACCAUCCACGGGGCUAUCCGCCUGGUGUGCUCCAAAAAGAAUAAGAUGAAGACAGCCUUCUGGUCCGUUCUCUUCUUUCUCACCUUCGGCUUAAUGUACUGGCAGUUUGGGAUCCUCUACAGGGAGUACUUCAGCUACCCUGUCAACCUCAACCUUAACCUUAACUCCGACAGGCUGACUUUCCCAGCCGUGACGCUGUGCACCCUCAAUCCAUACAGAUACAGUGCCAUCCGGAAGAAGCUGGAUGAGCUGGACCAAAUCACGCAUCAGACACUGCUAGACCUUUAUGACUACAACAUGUCUCUGGCACGAAGUGACUGGUCCACGCUGUCCACACGAAAGCGUAGCUCAAGGAGCCUGCUCCAUCAUGUCCAGCGCCAUCCGCUGCGAAGGCAGAAGCGGGAUAACUUAGUCAACUUGCCAGAGAACAGUCCCUCAGUGGACAAGAACGACUGGAAAAUUGGGUUUGUUCUGUGCAGUGAAAACAACAAGGACUGUUUCCAUCAGGCGUACUCCUCAGGGGUGGAUGCCGUGCGGGAGUGGUACAGCUUUCACUAUAUCAAUAUCCUGGCGCAGAUGCCUGAUGCGAAAGCCCUGGAUGAGUCUGACUUUGAGAAUUUCAUCUAUGCUUGCCGCUUCAAUGAAGCAACAUGUGACAAGGCGAAUUACACCCACUUCCACCAUCCCUUGUACGGGAACUGCUAUACUUUUAACGACAACAGCAGCAGCCUGUGGACAUCCUCGCUGCCUGGGAUCAAUAAUGGUCUCUCUCUGGUGGUGCGCACCGAACAGAAUGAUUUCAUCCCUCUGUUGUCCACGGUAACGGGAGCCAGGGUCAUGGUCCAUGAUCAGAAUGAGCCAGCCUUCAUGGAUGAUGGGGGUUUCAACGUGCGUCCGGGUAUCGAGACCUCCAUCAGCAUGAGAAAGGAGAUGACUGUGCGUCUUGGGGGCAGUUACAGUGAUUGCACAGAGGAUGGCAGUGAUGUGCCAGUGCAAAAUCUGUACUCAUCCCGCUACACCGAACAGGUCUGCAUUCGCUCCUGCUUUCAGCUCAACAUGGUAGAGCGCUGUGGCUGUGCGUAUUACUUCUAUCCCUUACCCGCUGGAGCAGAGUACUGUGACUACACAAAGCACGUAGCCUGGGGCUACUGCUAUUACAAACUCCUGGCUGAAUUCAAAGCUGAUGUGCUGGGCUGUUUCCACAAAUGUCGGAAACCUUGCAAAAUGACAGAAUACCAGCUGUCAGCUGGAUACUCCCGCUGGCCUUCUGCUGUCUCAGAGGACUGGGUUUUUUACAUGCUUUCACAACAGAACAAAUACAAUAUCACAUCGAAGAGGAACGGAGUUGCCAAAGUGAAUAUCUUCUUUGAGGAGUGGAACUACAAGACCAAUGGGGAGUCUCCUGCCUUCACGGUAGUGACUCUGCUGUCCCAGCUUGGGAACCAGUGGAGUCUCUGGUUCGGAUCCUCUGUCCUGUCUGUGAUGGAGCUUGCAGAGCUGAUUCUGGAUUUCAUCGCCAUCACCUUUAUCUUGGCCUUACGCUGGUUCCGUUCUCGGCAGCAGCUCUCUCCACCGCAACCUCCUCCAAACAGUCACGAUAACACUGCUUUCCAAGAUGAGGCACCAGGUCUCAGUGCUCCACACCGCUUCACCGUUGAGGCUGUAGUGACCAUGCUGCCAUCCUACAACAGCCUGGAACCACGUGGGCCGAGCAGGGAUGGUGAGAUGGGACACGAGUGAGGCAGUGGCUUAUUCCACAGUUCGGAUGGGUGGCAGUUGGAGCAGAGGCUGCACACUUUGUCUGUGGGACCUGCAUUUCCUUCUUUCUGGGGUGCUCUACCUGGACCAUAGCAGAAGACUGCACUGUGGUUGGCCUGGGUUCAUUGCUUUUACUACUAUAGGUGAAUUCUUCAGUCUCAUAAAAUAUUAUCGCUCUGGGGAUCCCCAGGGAUGAGAGUUGAUCUAGUGUAUGUAUGGGGGAGAUGUCCACUUGGUUUCCUUACACUCCUUGCGUGUGCACACCUACAUGUGCAUGCAUGCUUUCUUUUCCCUGCAACAAGGAUGCUGCCACAGUUCUGGUCUGUUGUUAAUUAAAGAGGUUUGGCAGGCGUGA